AUGAACCAACCACAACACAUAUCAAGGAGAUUCGACAAUUUUAAUGAUGAACAAAUCGUAACUAAUCGUCUUCGAUUAAAGGCUCACAUACAUGUGGUGUUGUUAAUUGCACUUCAAGGAAUUCCAUUUAGAGGUCAUGAUAAGAAAUCUAGUUCAUCUAAUCGUGGCAAUUUUAUUGAAUCUUUGGAUGUGCUAAGCAUGUACAAUGACGAACUUUCAAAGGCAAUUGCGAAAGCUCCAAAAAAUGCCAAAUAUACAAGUCACGAUAUUCAGAAACAAAUACUUCAUGUGCUUUCAGUGAGAGUGAAAAAUGUAAUUCGUGAAGAAAUUGGAGCUGCCAAGUAUUGCAUAAUUGUUGAUGAAGCCCGAGAUGAGUCAAAAAGAGAGCAAGUGUCUAUAGUAUCAAGGUUCAUGGAUACUAAUGGAUUCAUUCAAGAACGUUUUUUUGGGCUUAUUCAUGUAUCUGAUAUUGCAGCUUUGACUUUAAAGGAUGCUAUAUAUUCUUCUUUGACUCACUACAAUUUAGAUGUUCAAAAUAUUAGAGGUCAAGGCUAUGAUGGUGCUAUUAAUAUUGUUGGUUCUUCGUGUAAGCGUAAUGAUGAAUUGAAGAAUGCUCAUGCAGAUGACAAUGCACAUUUGAUUGCUAUUAAUGAACUUGAGACAGGGCGUGGACUUAAUCAGAUAGGCUUAAUUAAGAUGUUUAGUGCAUCGUGUAUGGUAUUGCUUAAGGUUAUGGAUGAUGGACUUCCUUCUCAACGAGCAGAUGCAACAUUUGUUUAUGAUGAAAUGAUUUCUUUUGAUUUUGUAUUCAUCUUGCAUCUUAUGAAAGAAAUUAUGGGAAUCACAGAUAUCCUUUGUCAAACUUUACAAAGUAAGUCUCAGGAUAUUAUAAUUGCAAUGGAGCUUGUAUUAUCUACUAAGAAUUUACUUCAACAAAUGUGGGAUAACAAGUGGAAUGAUUUGCUUGCAAAAGUGAAUUUUUUUUGUGAACUUCGAAAUAUUGAUAUUCCUGAUUUCAAUGAUCCAUAUAUUAAUAGACGAGGUCGAGCCCCUGCUCGUCAAGACAAUUUCACCAUUGAGCAUCAUUAUCAGGUAGAACUCUUUUAUGCUUCAAUAGAUUCACAAUUGCAAGAAAUUAAUGGGCGCUUUAGUGAUGAUGCUAUGGAAUUGCUUAUUCUUAGUAAUGCCUUAAAUCCUCAAAAUGCAGUGGAGUCUUUCAGAGUUGAGGAUAUAUGUAAAUUAGUUGAAAAGUUUUAUGCCUAA